AUGCGCACCAUCCAAGCCAAAGCAGAGCCCAGCACAUCCACAGCGGACGCGGAAGAGAGCAAGCCCCUCGACUCGAGCCCCACAAACAAGGCCAAGAAGCGCUACCUCUGCGACAUCCCCGGCUGCGACAAGGCCUUUUACCAAAAAACGCACCUCGAAAUCCACACGCGCGCCCACACCGGCAUCAAGCCCUUCCUCUGCAAGGAGCCCGGCUGCGGCCAGCGCUUCAGCCAGCUCGGCAACCUCAAGACCCACGAGCGCCGCCACACCGGCGAGCGGCCCUACCACUGCGACAUCUGCGGCAAGACGUUCGCGCAGCACGGCAACGUACGCGCCCACAAGAUCGUGCACACCUCCGCCAAGCCGUUUACGUGCAAGCUCGACGAUUGCAACAAGCAGUUUACGCAGCUGGGGAACCUCAAGUCGCACCAGAACAAAUUCCACGUCGAGACCAUUCGGAGAUUAAAGGCGCGGUUCGAGAAUGUCGCCGACGGAGGCGAUGCGGUGGAUGAUUGGGAGAAGGAGAUGUGGGAGUACUUCCGCGGGCUAUACAAGAAUUGUAACAAGGGGAUCAAGGGGCGAGGAAAGGAUCGGAGAAUAAGCAAUGCCGCCUCGGCGUCAUCGAUGAGCGCGCAACGCCGGGCUAGUGUGCUCAGUGCGAGCUCUUCUUGCAGUGGUCUGGCGUAA